AUGAGGAAGGGGGGUCUGUCAAAGUGUGUUUCUGUGGGUGGGGACAAGGAUUUGGAGAAGUCGCGGAUGCUGAGGGAAAAUUUAGCGAUUAGUUAUUCUUUGUAUCAUUGUGUCCUUCUAAUCUUCACGGACUCGAGAACUCUACUAGGAAUUAUACUGUUUGUUAAUGGCUAUAGCGAUGAUGUCAUCACUGUUAUAAUCGCUGAUAUAAUUGACGGUAUUUUCGGUGGCGUCGUGGGUGGUGUCAUGGUUCUCAUCAUCGAUAGUGUUAUCCGUCGUUUAUUUCCCAGCCUUCGUAGCGACAGGGUUACUGAGGGCGGAGAUGAUAAUCCGGAGGCUUGCGAUGGUAGAAGGUCAGCACCAAACUCCAGACAUGACCGCAAGGACAAAUGA